AUAUAUAUACAAAGAAAGGUAAGAAAAAAAUUGAAAAGCGUUCAAUAAAUUUCGAAAUGAUAACACACGAAAGUUAAAGGAUAAAAUGUAGGUUAGGAAAGCGAGCGAAACGUAAGAGAGAAAAAUACAAAGGGAUAUUUUAUAAAAAUGAAAUAAGAUUGAGAUAAAUCGAAUGAAGUGAACAUCGGAGUCGAUUAAAUUUCGAUAAUAAAUCGUUAACGAUGUAUGAAGAGAAGUGAAAGAAAGAAGGAGAAAAAAAAUUGCGUAGAAGUAAAGAGAAAAAAGAAAAUAAAAAAAAAAAAAAGAAAGAAAGAUGUCCGAUAAUAUAUGUAAGAGGUAAAAAGACGAGAGAGAGAGAGAGAGAAAGAGAGAAAGUCGAGUGAGCGAGCGAGCGAGCGAGCAAACAAAAAGGCAAUCGAUUGGACGAUAUCACGUGUGCAACUGUAUAGCACAAUUGGUUUUACAUGGCUGAUCUAUUUGAAAUAUAGAAUUCAUUUCAAUUUCCUAACUUGUUAUAAAUAUAGAAAAGAGAGAUAGAACGGUUAAUCGCGGCGAUGAUAAGCGUGAGAAAGAAAUACGCGUUCUGUUAAGUGCGUGGCUUGCGUAUGACGCGCGACUCGUGACGCGGCUCGUGACGCGUUCUAUCGUACAUAUGUAAGUACAUCGUCGUCUUUGUCGUCGUCGUCGCGUCGUCGUGCACGCGAAAGCAUUGACGGGAUACAGGAGCUCGCGCGUGCGCUUCUACACGCAUACACGCGUGGUGAUAAAAUGCACGGAUAGAAUGUAUAUAUAUAUAUAUAUGUGUGUGUGUGUGUUAUGUAUGUAGAAAUGAGAGACAAGAGACUGAUAAAAGUGAGAUGGACACGCGCACGUAUGUAUAAUAAUAAUAAUAUAGAUUUAAAUGAUAUGAGAGAUAUACUUACAAUGGAUCAACCCUGGACUACUUACAUCACAAUGAAUUCGAAGGGAGAAUGGAACGAUCGAAAGGGAAAAGAAAUCAAUGAAUCAUAUACCUUCACCGAGGAAAUCGAUCUGGAAGCUAGUAGAUUGUUAAAAAUUGUACCUGCAUAUGAUCCUGGUGCAGGUAGUGUUAGUACAGAAUGCAAAAGGGAUGCUGAAAAAUUCCAUCGGGAGCUCAAUAAAUUCACUUUGUGGGCUUUGAAAAUGUAUGAUGCAACGGCUAAGAUACCUUCUGGUCUUUUAAAUGGUAAUGUGAAUCAACUCGGUGAUUUCGAUGAAUGUAUCGAAACCGUGGGAAACGAUGGUAUUCAGGGACAAUAUUGUUUGGCUUAUUUGCAAUUGGACAUUGAUGAAUCUCGACCUGAUUUGAAGCAUCUUCAUCGUCUUCUUCAUUCUCAUUACAUCAUCAGAAGCAACGUAACAGAUCCAGGACAUAGAGUACCACGUUUCAGUACAGUAAAUUGGGCCGUCUGUACACCAGCAUCUUGUUCCUUUCGUGACGUUGAGAUCUCCCUUCGCGAUACCCUAUCCAAAUACACAUCUCAAAGUGGAUUAAAGAUUUCGGUUCGUGUCGAUCGAGAGAUGUGUCAGAUGAAAAAUAAUCAGCCACUUCCAAGAGAAACCAUUUUCGUGAGUAUUUUCUUCGUUUCUGCGGCAGUAUUAACUCUGAUUGCUGCAUAUUACGAUCAUCGUAAAUUGUCGACAAGCGAAAUUCUUUUAUCCUUUUCGCUGAAACGCAAUUUUCAAAAACUUAUCUCAUUGGAAAGAAUUGAAGGGGAUAUAACAAUAGUGCACGGAGUACGAGCAUUUAACGCUUUGAUGUUAUUAUUAGCUCAUAAAAGUAUGGCACUAUUCUACAAUCCUUACACCAAUAGAACGGGCAUGAGCGAGUAUUUAGGUGAGCCAUGGACGGUCGUAGGCAGAGCUGCCAGCCUUUACACCGACCCAUUUAUCAUGCUCUCUGGCCUUCUUACCGCAUAUUCUUUUCUUGGAAGAAUAAAAAAAACUGGCCAUUUGGAUAUUAAAAAUGAAUAUCUCUCGCGAUUUUUGAGACUGGUACCAACUUUAGGGGCAUUGAUAUUAUUUUGUACUUAUAUCUUGCCGUAUCUGGGUUCCGGACCUCAAUGGAAUUUAGUUGUUAUACAACACGCUAAUAUUUGUAAACAAACGUGGUGGAGAAAUUUCUUAUUUAUUCAUAAUUAUUUUGGAUUUGAGAAUAUGUGUUUGACGCAUACGCAUCACGUAGGUAUAGAUACUCAACUUUUUGCACUGUCUCCUCUAUUGGUAUUGCUCUUGUACAAAAAACCAAAGAUCGGUAGUAUCAUACUUUUUACUUUAGCUACAUUCUCGACGAUAUUAAGAUAUUACGUUACAUAUUUUAAACGUCUUAAUAAUUAUGUCUACUUUGGUAUUUCAAUAAAACAAUUGUUUGAUACGGCUAAUAUGUCGUAUAUUUUACCAACUCACAGAUUGACCGUAUAUAUUAUUGGUAUAUUUGUUGGAUACUUGCUACGAUCUUUACCUAAAGAAUAUAAAAUGAAAAAAACUACCUAUUACAUAGGCUGGAUUUUAUGUACGGUAAUGUUCUUUGGCUCCAUUUUUGGUCCAGCAAAAAUGGGAACUAUUGAUUAUAUUUAUAAUCCAAUGCAUGCAGCCGCAUAUAAUGCUUUUGCUCCUAUCGGAUGGUGCGCACUUUUCGCUUGGAUAAUAGUGGUACAUCAAACAGGAAAUACAAAUGGAUGGUUAAGUAGAAUUUUAGCUUGGAGAGGAUUUUUAAUUACCACGAGACUCGGUUAUGCGAUUUAUUUAACGCAAUUCCCUGUAUUUUUCUACAAUGUCGGACAGACUCGUAGUGCCGAGUAUUAUGACUUCUUAAAAUUGGUGUUUAAUAUCGUAGAAAUGGUAUGGAUCCUCAUCGCAUCCGUUAUUCUUACUCUACUCUUUGAUACGCCCUUUCAAAAUAUCAAGAAUCAUUUACUGAAAAAACAAACGCUACGAGAACAAAUAUCAAAGCCAUUGAAAUUGGAAUAAUGUAGAUAUACCAAAUGUAUUUUAUUUUCCUACCAAAAUUAUAUUUAAUUAUUGUAAAUAGUCCCGACGAAUUGUGUAUAUAUAUAUAUAUAUAUAUAUAUAUAUAUAUAUAUAUAUAUAUAUAUAUAUAUAUAUAUAUAUAUAUAUGUAUAUGUAUAUAUGUACAUACAUAUACAUACAUAUAUUAUAUUUUCUGGUUAUAGAAAUUAAGUAUAAAUUUUGUUACUUGCCAUCAUAUACAAUGUAUAUGCCAGUCAAGAAAAAGUAUUUGUAUCAUACAUAUAUGUUAUAAUAUGUAAUGCUAUAUAAAUAAUGUUAUUAUACUA